GCGACUGUAAACUGAACAGAACUGUGGGUCGUUGCAUACAAUACGAGCGCUCCCAGAACAAGGGUUAGGUCAGGCUUGCAUCCCCAGUCACAAAGCGCCUGUGUGAAUAAUGCUUCGCGAAGUUUCUCAGAAGCGUGUGCUUCCUUUCCUAGGACAGAUUACUCGCAAUUUGAGCGCGAGCGCUUUGCCGGAGCAGGUCCAAUAUGACCCACAAACAAGCUCAACUCCCAGUCCCCAGCCCGCGCCCUUCUCCUACGUCCCGCCGGGCCGGAACCAUCUCUUCGUGCCAGGCCCUGUCAACAUCCACGAACGGGUGCUGCGAGCUAUGCACGUGCCUGGUCAAAACCACCGUGACCCAUGGUUCGCGCAGUUUUUCAAGGACUGUCUCGAGGACACCAAGCUGAUUUACGGCACCAAGGAAGCGACACCCUUCAUCUUCUCCGGCACCGGCACGGGCGGCUGGGAAGCCGCGCUUACCAACACCCUCUCUCCCGGCGACAAGGUUGUGUGCUUCCGCUACGGCCUCUUCUCACACCUUUGGAUCGACAUGAUGCAGCGCCUGGGCCUGGACGUCCAAGUGGUGGAUCGGCCUUGGGGCGAGGGCGCGAAUGAGGAUAUUUUGGAGGAAAUACUGCGCAAGGAUACGGAGAAGAAGAUCAAGGCAGUAGCUGUCGUACACAACGAGACGACUACGGGCGUCACCAGCGAUAUCGCCGGCGUCCGCAAGGCCAUGGACGCGGCCAACCACCCUGCGCUGCUGCUGGUGGAUGGCGUAUCGUCGAUUGGCGCUCUUGAAUUCCGGAUGGAUGACUGGCGUGUGGAUGUGGCAGUGACGGGCUCUCAGAAGGCGCUGUCGCUGCCGACCGGUCUCGCGUUUGUGGCUGCGUCGCCCAAGGCUCUGGAGGCGAUGAAGAGCGCCAAGUUGAAGCGCGUGUACUACGACUUCGCAGACAUGCUCCGUACAAACCCGUCCGGCAAUGUGCCGUAUACGCCCUCGCUGGCAAUGCUGUAUGGCAUGCGGGAGUCCAUCAAGAUGUUGCGGGAGGAGGGCAUGGAAAAUGUGUUUGCCCGGCACCACCGGCUGGGCGAGGGAGCGCGUCGCGCGGUGGAGGGCUGGGGCCUCAAAUUGCUCUGCAAGAACCCCCGGUGGCGCAGUGAUUCGUUGACAGUGGUGGAGGUGCCGGAGGGCAUCGACAGCAACAAGAUCGUCAAGGUCGCGUACGCCAAGUACGACCUGUCGCUGGGCAUUGGGCUGGCGCAGAUCAACGGCAAGGUGUUCCGUAUCGGCCACCUUGGUAACAUGAACGAGCUGAUGCUGGUGAGCGCUUUGGCAGGUGCGGAGAUGGCCAUGAUCGACGCAGGUGUGCCCAUCCGCCCCGGCAGCGGAGUGGGCAAGGCGAUCGAGUACUGGCAGCAAACGUCCAGCGUCAUCAAGACGCGAGAGAGCCUCAUGCAAUGAGACAGUCUGGAGGUCGCCAUGCGUGCACCUGGCAGCUCUACCACAGCAAUGCGCGGGAGCUGCGCGCUGCACAACUGGGAGGCAGCACCGUCGUGCGCCGUUUUGGAAGGUCGGCGCUCUUGAUAGGCAGGAGGUUACUGGUUGGGCAAUGUCUGCAGGCAACUCGGAAGGAAGGAAGUGCCAGAUCCGGAGUGACAGACUGCUGCUGCUGUUGCGGCUACUGUUGCUAUUGCUAUCGCUUGCGCUUCUCCCUCACCUCCUCUCCGAUGGGAGGGCGUCCAGGAGGGUUAAGUGACCCCUCAUCCUCGGGUAGGGAGGAAGAGGAGGCGAAGGAGCGGCUGGGCACUUCCUCUAGAUUGAAGUUGACGGUAAAAGUGCAAUAUCCGUACAUAAUGUUUGUUUUAAGUCCAGGUUUCGGGCACGCGCCAGAAUGGGGCCGCGGCCUCAACCGGGUUGUGCAGUCGGGUUGUGUAGGAAAGUGAGACGACGUGUUGGUGGUGUUGAGUUGGUUUGAAAGUGUAGCAACUGCCCUGCCCCCGGGGUCUACUCUGGUCUGACUUGCUUUGUUCAGCUGGGGGCUAUCGGGCACACAACCACGCCGCGCCCCGCUUCCUGGUCCCUGCCGCGCCUA